CCUUAUCCCAUCAGAGUAGAGCACUCCCUCGUGGGUGUGCGAUCGCGGCGCGUGAACAUGCGUGGUAUCCAGAUAUCAACACCGCGUUUUAAACGCAAUCCGCGUGAAGCCGCCGUCGCGACUGUGGCGGCGAGGUUUGCCACGGCAACACCUGUAGAGGUGCCGAGUCACUCGGAUAUAUGGGGUGAUAUCGGUGAUGCGGUUCCAAAAGUGCCGCCGGCUGCUGCUGACGACGACUUCGGUAUUUGCAGCGCAUGCGGUCUCUCUAGUGUCGUGUGCUAUGACAGCUCUAACAAAGACGAUGCUGGCGGCACCAGCGAUGAGCACAACAAUUGUUACGCGGGUGUAGCGAGGCAACAGCGUGGUUCGCCUAUAUCCCGAACAAAUGGUGAAAGUGCAUUAGUGGGAGCUGCUCGACGCGGGGCAACGGAGGCCGUGCGCGCGUUGCUUGGUGCUGGUGCUACCGUGAACGUAGCGUCAGCUUCUGGUGAGACUGCGUUAGAUACUGCAAUGGUCAAUGGGCAGCUCAGCGCGGCGCUCGCACUUGUGCGGGCAGGCGCCACAGUGUCGAGGACCGACGAUAGACUUUUGCGCGUUGCUACGCUACGUGGAGAUGAUGAGCUUGUUUCUCUGUUGCUACAGGCUGGUGCCCCACCACUGCUUGCACGACCUGCAACAAUUGGUGAGCCCGAACUGCUCGCUGACGAGGAAGAGCAAGGCGCAACGUCAUGUCUUCUUCUUGCUGCCCGGCACCCGAUAACUCGAAUUCUCAGUGCAUACCUUCAAUUUUUUGCCGCGGCAGAUGAUGGCGGACAGGUGCUGCUUGAGGCACCACACGGCCAGCGACACGUGACGGUAUGUGCUCUUGUUAGUGAUUCAUGCGAUCAAUUUUUGUUUGUCUUUGUAGGCGCUCAUGGUUGCGGCAGCAAAUGGCUCACGUGAUGAUGCACAUGCUGUGAAAGCCCUUCUUGCUGCAGGCUGCUCGCCAUUUGCCGCUGAUAUUGCAGGUCGGUCAGCACUCCAUCGAGCUGCUGCUGCUGACAGCAGCACGGUCAUCACCGCGCUCACUACUGCUGCGCGUCUACGAGUGGAAUCCCCGGCUUAUCGGGAAUUCGUAAAUGCGUGCGAAGCGAGCGGUCCAGGCCACACAGCGCUGCAUUGUAGUGCGGCUGCUGGUGCAGAUACUGCCAUUGCUGCACUUCUAACAGCCGGAGCGGACGCAACAGUACUUGAUGCCAAUGGCGCGUCGGCUUUAAAUGUUGCAGUGACUUUCGGUCACGCUAGUUGUGUGCAGCAGCUCCUUGGUAUGACGGAUGCCGUUCUUGACGGUGACAUUGCUGUUUGUGUUUCAUUAGCUAGACAGGGGAAUUGGCCUGUGGAGGCAUGUGUGGAGCUCUUGAUUGAAGAGUUAGUCUUAGGGUCUGCAUCCUCUACGGUAAAUGCUUCCACUCAACUUGGUCCGGCACCGCUAGCAGCCGCGGCACGCCGUGGCGAUAUUGAGGCCGUCUGUGCUCUUGUUGAAGAAGCGGGCGCUGACGCUACACUGUCUGGUGACCUCUCGCCACUGGCAGCGGGAGCAAUGGCCGGCUGUCUCGCUGUCUGUGGUGAGUUUGUCUCUCGCGGUGCUCAACCGGCAGCAGCGCUCAUGGAUAGCGGUUUGAGUCUACUUCGAGCAGCAUGCGCGGCAGGUGACACUUCCGUCGUCCGACGUCUGCUUGGCGCUUUCAAUUCUCAUGAUCUUAAUAGUGAUGACUUGCGGUCAGCUCUCCACGCGGCUGCAUCGCGUGCUGAUGAUGAUGCUGUCGAGGCAUUGUUGGCUUUUGGCCACUCUCAUCAGAUGAGUGCCGCCUUCCUCUAUCCCCUAUCUCUCAGCAAUGACGCUACAACAUCAUCAAUCUUGCCAUGCAAGAUGCAAAGCUGCGACUAUCUGGUACAAUUCCCUGAACCCGGCGAUGCCUGCGAGCCUGCGCUACUAGCAGCUUGUCGCGCAGGCGCAACAACUUGUGUUGCAGCGCUGACGCGGCAUGCAGAAUCGCUGCACGCAGCACUGGACAAAAACCGCCGUUGCGCACUGCACCAUGUGGCCGCGUGUGACCAAGCUUUGCUUGUCGAGCGACUCUGCAGCCUCGAUGGAUCCUUGGUGACCUGUCGCGACGCCUACGGAGCAACAUCGCUGCAUGCUGCUGCUGCUGCAGGUGCCGGAGCAGCCAUAGGGGCGCUGCUCCGCCAUGGCGCUGACGCGACAUUUGAGGACUCAAAGGGGCGCACUCCGCGUGAUAUAGCUCUUGAACGGAACCAAGAGCGCGCUGCGGCACAGAUUGAUGCGAUGGCUGAUGCGAUCGACGACGGUGACUUCGACGAGUGUGCGCGGCUUGCGGAUGCCGGGAAUUGGCCUGUCGACUGGUGUGCUUUAUCAGGCGACACUGCUCUUGUUGCUGCGGCACGUCGUGGCGCUCCCGACGCAGUAUCACGCUUACUAGCCUGUGGGGCAACUGUCGAUGCGGUGACAGACAAUGAUGAAACACCUCUUGCUGCUGCGGCCACUGCCGGCCAUCUCGACGUCUGCGCAGCGCUUCUUGCUGCAGGUGCCGACCCAACCAAAGUCGCCGACCGAUCAGCGAGUCUCCUUGCCGCUGCUGUUGUGGCUGAUGAGCCUGAGCUUGUUGAUGCGCUCCUGGCGCGAGGUGCUAGCGCACGGCCUGUUACAUGCAGAACUGAGCCAACCAGUGCAUUUCUAGUUGCUAUCGAACUUGGCUCUCGACAAAUAGUGGACUCCUUUGUGCAGCGUGCCAUUGCAACUGGUGCUCUUGAUGUGAAUGAGCCCCACGGUGACGCACAUGUUAGAGCUCUGCACGCAGCCGCCGCUCGUGGUCGGGCCGAUAUUGUUCAGAGUCUCCUCAAGGCUGGUGCCCAGGUUGAUGUCCUUGAUAACAAGGGUAAAUCUGCUCUUCACUAUGCAGCUGGCCACGACCACGAUGACGUGCUGAGAGUCCUUGUGUCGAAAGGGGCUGACGUUCUUCGCAAAGAUAUGACUGGGACAACCCCUCUUAAUGUUGCUAUCGCCCAGGGGGCCAAAUCUGCAGAGUCUGCUCUUCUAAUGGCGGAAUCAAUGCUACAUCCCACCACGUGAAACACUCGACAAAUAGUGCUGUGUGAGGAGAUAUACAUCUAAGCGUGGGUCUGGCUCUUUGCCAGUGCCGCGGAUCGGGAAUCUCCAACGCCCCGGCUGUCCUUGAUGUGCAACUGCUAUUGUGCGGCUCUACAGGUUCGCUCUUUCUGCCCCUGCGAAAGCAAGUUACGCUACUGACUAGGGUAGAUGCAGGUCAUUUGCCAACUGACUAAAUCCGGCUAUGGGCACGGUCGCCCCACACGCACACACGCACACUAAGUUACUACCAUUCCCACGCGCAUGGCCCUUUUGAGGUGUGACUUCCGCGUCAAACUUGUCGAGCGGCCAAUCGACGCUCAGUCGCGUAAUAAGUGUUUCUCUCCAAGAGGACAACCUGCCAGACAGUGACGAGCCGACUGCCAGACGCCCGGCCCUUUUGUAUGUUGGCGGACUGCCCUACCGUGCGGCAUCGGCGCUUAGCUGAGGAAAUAUUGCCGGGGCGACUCUAGAUGUCAGCCGGAGUGUCGCGCCGCCACCGUGGCUCGGGCCUCAGACGCAGCCCGUAGUUGAAUCCCAGCUGCCCCGCCCCGAAUCCUCUCCUGGGCCCGACUCGGAGGCUGCUCGCCCGACGCUGGGAGGCAAGGGUGAGUUCUCAAGGGUGCAUUUGCCGUACUGUUCUGACGCCAUCCCCGCCGUCCCAGUCCCCUCCCUCUGAGACAGGAGAAUGACAGCCCUGGGGUUCGGGAUCCCAGGCAUCGGGCAGUCAUCCUCCGCCGUUUUCGCCGCGGCGCCACCACUGCCGUCCUCGCCGUCGGGGCCGUCUUCGCGCCGUGCCGUGCCGUCCCGGGCCGUCCGUCGCAUUUACGUACUAGUCGCAUCUUUCUCCGUGGGGCGGACGGCGCCGUCCGGAAUGUCGGGCCGUCGUGGCCAUCCGCGGCGUUCGCAUGUUCGGCCGCCCGGGCUGCGCGCCAUCCUGGCCAUCCGAAUCAAGUUGGCUAUAUUUUUCCUACUACUAGUACUAGCCACUAACAGUGAGCC